AUGCCCGAAUCCAGCUCACCACGCGGGCCCCGCGAGGCCAAAAAGCGAACGCGAACGGGCUGUCUUACCUGCCGCGCACGAAAGAUCAAAUGUGACGAGACCCCCGAGCGGUGCGCAAACUGUCGCCGGGUGAUGCUGACGUGUCGCUGGCCGGGACUCGGGGUGGUCCCCCUGCCACGGGGCAACGGCGGCCCGCGGAGGGUGGCCUGCCAGGGGUGCCGGGUGGCGCGGUGCCGGUGCUCGGGGGAGCAGCCGUGUGCGCGGUGCCGGGCGACGGGGGCGGACUGCCGGUACAGGGGCGCCGGCAGCGCCGGCAGCCCCGGGAGUGGCCCCUCCCCGCAGGGCAGCAGCAGCCCCAAGGACGCCCCCGAGAAGCAGUUGACGCCGGGGACUCCCGACGCGGCCACGCUCACAGCCCACCUGGACGCCUUCUUCACCCACGUCGCGCCGUGCCAGGCCAACGCGGUGGUGCACCGCGGCACGCUCCUGCGCGACGUGCACGCCGGGAGCGCCGACCGGGCGCUGGUCGGUGCGAUCUGCGCGAUCGCGACGCGGUUCCUGCCGGUCCCCUCGGCACAGGAGCCCGUGUGGACGCGCGAGGCCAAGUCGCUCCUGGUGCGGGAGGGGAUGCGCAGUGCCCCCCGGGUGGCGGCCGCGCUGCUCCUGGCCAAGCACGAGAUGUACUGCGCCCAGUUCGAGACGGCGGCCAUGCUCGGCGCCAUGGCGACCAGCGCGGCGCUGAAUCUCGGCUUCCACCGGGAGGGUCUCGCCGCGGCGGCGAGCAGCACCUCGGACGCGGUGGCCCGCGAGACCCGCCGCCGGCUGUUCUGGGCGUGCUUCUGCUUGGACCGGAUGCUGACCCCCGGGCGGCCCGAUCUGGCGCUGAUCCGCCCCGGGCUCGCGACGGCGCCGCUGCCGUGCGACGAGCACCUCUUCCAGCUGGGGAUGCCGGGGCGGGGUGCUCUGUUGGGCGAGGAGAACCCGGGCAGCAGCCUGUUCGGGCAAUACGUCCAGCUCAUGUCGAUCCGGGCUGACAUCCUCACGUAUGCGUCUUCUCGAUCAACCGCCGGUUCCAUCUCUGACGUGUCUAGCUACACCCGCUCCCCGGCCAAGGACCCGCCCUGGACCUCCCCCGUGUUCAGCGCCUGUGAACAGCGCCUGCACGCCUGGCGCGAGCGACUGCCCCCCCAAUGCCAGCUGCGCGCGGACAUCAUCUACGCCCGGCACGCCCAGCACGCCCUGCCGGCCCUGACGAUGCUGCACGUCUGGUACGACCAGUGCCUGUCCGACCUGUACCGCGUCGCCAUGCCCAACUACCCCGAGACGCUGCCCACCGCCACCCUGCUGGACGCCCCCAUCGGCUGGGUCGAGGAGCACCAGCUCGCGUGCGUGCAGCACGCCCGGGGCAUCGCCCAGACCUUUGCCACCGUCGGGGCGCAUGUCGAUCUUCUCGCCGAGACCGACCACAACCACAACCACGACCACGCCUUCCUCGACACCAGCCUGCCCAUGUGUGUCUUUGAGUCUGUCCGCCUGCAGCUGCAGUGGCUCCUGAUGCUCCCCGUCGAGGCACACCCGGACGCCCGCGCCCAUCUGCGCCGGCAGGUCGAUCUGCUGCUGGGGCAGGUCGAGCCCAUGACCCGCUACUCCUGCCACGCCAGAUGGUUGUUCGACGAGAUCCGCCGGAUGCUCCGCCAGCACAGGAUCUUCGAGCACCGCGAAGAACUACGGCACACGCACAUUCAGGAGAAUCAUCCCUGGGUGCAGCGCAUCCGGAGCCUGCAGCAGACCCUGCAAGACGCCAUCCGCCCGGAGCAGGAGGUGCUUCUGCAGGACCUGUUCCCCUUCGACACGCCUCUUUUGGACGCGCUAGAGAGGGUUGACUGGGGGGACGUAUAG